GUACCUGAGUUACACCGACAUUAAAACAGGGGCGUGCCCUGGAAAUAUAAAAACGGGGGGUUGCCUCUUCCGACAAUUUCCUUAAUUCUCAGAGCCCUUCUUGUUCUAUUGCUCAGGGUUCUUUUUUUCUUUUUCCUUGAUAUCCGAAUCACCCAUCCUCCAUUAUUCUAUUCCCGAAAAACUUCCAAUCCGAAGGGUCGAAGAGAAACCCAACCAGAUAGAACGAGAGGGUUUGGGAAUUCCCGAUUGAAAUAAGGAAGUCGAAUUGCGAGGGACGACCAGAGAUGGGUUCUGAACAGAACGACGGAACGAGCUACCAGCCAUCGGAGCCGAAGCUCUGCGCCAACAACUGCGGCUUCUUCGGCAACGCGGCGACUAUGAACCUCUGCUCCAAGUGCUACAGAGACUACCGUAUGAAAGAGGAGCAAGCGGCUUCGGCGAAAGUCGCCAUGGAGAAAUCUUUCAACCCUACGCCGACGCAACCAGACAAUCAUCAGGCGGCUCCACUGUCCGGUUCUUCCGCGGACAGCCUCGUCUUGUUGACCUCUUCCUCGACGUCUCCGUCAACUUCGUCGGUGUCGGGAGCUGUUGAUGAUCGUGAAUCGCAGCCGCCAAAGGUGGCAAACCGGUGCCUCACCUGUAACAAGAAGGUGGGUCUGACCGGGUUCAUGUGCAAGUGCGACAGUACCUUCUGUGGGGUCCACCGGUACCCGGAGAAGCACGACUGUACGUUUGACUUCAAAUCCCUGGGUCGUGACGCCAUUGCUAAGGCCAAUCCUUUGGUUAAGGCCGAUAAGGUCGAUAGGAUCUGAAAUCUGAAUCUUUUCUCUAGUCUGGUUGUGGGUCGAAUUUGGUAAGGGGCUAGUGGGGAUGGUGUUUUGCUUGGUGGUGAUGAAUGAAUGGCUCGUGCUUUGGUGGUGGGUUGGUUGGUUGGAUGGAUGGAUGGAUGGAUGAUUUCAUAAUAAAAAGUGGAUCACCGUAUUGUUAGUUGCACUUUGCUUCUUAUUGUUUGGCUUUCGUCAUUUGGUACUUGAUAACAAUCUUUACCACAUUUCGUGUCUUAAUGCUAUAUAAUUAUAUCUUUCCGUCUA